UUUAUCUUUUUUCAUAUUUGUUGCAAAUGUCUUUGAGAGGCUCUGGAGUCAGACAGACUUGCAUGUGAUUGCAUUCUGACUUCACUAACUCCUACUUGUAUGAUACUGGGUAAAUUACCAUAAAAUGGAGAUAAGAAUAGUUGGUUAAAAAAAAAAAAAAUGUAGAGAACUUUUUAAGCUCUCCUGAGCCGGGGCUGCGCUCUUCUAAGUGGGACUCCGAGCCUGGGCUAUUUCUGGCUCUGGCACGGCUCCAGGAAGGCAUCCGCAUUUGCGACCAGGGGCGGCUGCGGUGGAGACUGGCCUGUCCUCAGCGCCUAGCACCGCCGCUCCCGGCAAACCGGAGCAUGCACCGGAGGCCAGCGGCCGAGUUCGCCCAUCCCAGCCAUCACUUUUCCACCUAAUCCUUAGAGAAGGGAAGAUGAGCGAGUCGAGCUCAAAGUCCAGCCAGCCCUUGGCCUCCAAGCAGAAAAAGGACGGCACUGAGAAGCGGGGCCGUGGCAGGCCGCGCAAGCAGCCUCUGAAGGAGCUCAGCGAAGUGCCAACACCUAAGAGACCUCGGGGCCCACCAAAGGGAAGCAAAAACAAGGGUGCUGCCAAGACCCGGAAAACCACCACAGCUCCGGGAAGGAAACCAAGGGGAAGACCCAAAAAACUGGAGAAGGAGGAAGAGAAGGGCAUCUCGCAGGAGUCCUCACUGGAGCAGCAGCUUCCUUCUGGGACUGGACAGCUUUGAUCCGCUCCCAACACCCCCCCACCGCCCCCCACCCCUUCCCCACACCCACCAUCACCACUGCCUCCGGCUACCACCCUCAUCUUCCACUUGAGCCUUCACCACCACACUACACAACACACCAGCCGCUGCAGGUCCCUAUGGGCUGAGUGGGGAGGACUUUUCCUUUGGCCUCUUCCCACCCCCACCCCCCGUCCGCCCACUCAUACACAUGUGCCCUCCUGGACAAGGCUAAUGUCCCGCUUAGCCACACCCUGCACCUGCUGCAUCCCCACUGCGUCCCUGAUCCCUUGGUGGUGGGGACAUGGCUCUCUGGGCUUUUGGUUUGGGGGCCACCUCUCUGCUCCUCCACUGUUGCCUCUGGCUUCCCAUAGAGGGGCCUGGGAGGGUUCCCCUGGCCUUAAAAGGGGCCCGAGCCCCCAUUCUGGCACACCCCACUCCACUGUCCUAGCAGCAGCAGGUGUGGCCAAUGGAGGGGGUGCUGGCCCCCAGGAUUCCACCAGCCAAACUGUCUUUGUCACCACAUGAGGCUCACAUCUUUCAUCCUUCCCCACCUUCCCUAGUCCCUGCACUAGGUUGGACAGCUCCCAUUGGCUACAGGAAAGCGGGAGGGGUGUGAGUCCCCUACUCCCUCUUUGCAGUGGCCCCAGCCCCCUUACCCUCUGCCUGGGGUCUGAGUACAUAUUGCAGUGAUGGAGAUGCAGUCACCUAUUGUCCAGGUGAGGCCCAUGAGCCCUGUGGCAGCUACCUGAGGUGGGCUGGGGCUGCUCCCCCAACCCUACUUUGCUUCUACCACUUGGCCAUUUCCCCCUCCUCAGAUGGGGCACCAAUAACAAGGAGCUCACCCUUCCCACUCCCAGCCCUCCUGCUUCUGCCACCCCCCAAGGUUCUGGUUCCGUUUUUCCUUUGUUCACAAACUACCUCUGGACAGUUGUUUUGUUUUUGGUUCAAUGUUCCAUUCUUUGACAUCCGUCAUUGCUGCUGCUACCAGCACCAAAUGUUCAUCCACGUUGCCUCCUGCUCUGCCCACGAUCCCCUCCCCCAAGUUACUCUUCGUGGGGAAGAGGGGCUGAGGCAUGGCAGGCUGGGUGACGGACUACUCCAGUCGGGGCCCUGCCCCUAGGAUGCUGCAGCAGAGAGAAGGGGGCCCAAAUCCACCAUAAAGCAUGUAGGGGCCGCCCGCUCCCCCUCGUCUGUCAGGGAGGGGUAGCCAUGAUUUGUCCCAGCCUGGGGCUCCCCCUCUGGUUUCCUAUUUGCAGUUACUUGAAUUAAAAAAAAAAAAUCCUUUUCUGGAAAACAAAAUGUAGAGAAGACUUUAAAUAGCACCAAUAAUUCCAGGACUGUUUACUGAAUUGUCUUUCUCAAGUAAUUUGAACUCUCAAGAAUUUUGAAUACUUUGCUCAUAAGGGCCAUGAAGUUAAACCUUCACAUUGCCUGGGCUUGCUCACUGUGUGCUCCUAAGCAAGGAUGGUUAACUUCUGUCAGACUUCAGUUUCUUUUUUCUUUUUUUUUUUUGAGACACAGUCUCGCUCUGUCGCCAGGCUGGAGUGCAGUGGCACAGUCUCUGCUCAGUGCAACCUCCAUCUCCUGAGUUCAAGUGAUUCUCCUUCCUCAGCCUCCCCACUUCAGUUUCUUUAUCUGUCAAUUGUGGUUAGUGGGCUGUUAAUGAAAAUUAUUAGGUCAAACAUCUACUAAGUAUCCGUCACAUAGUAGGCUCUUCGUCAAUUCGCCCUUUUCUUUCCCACUAGACAACUUGAGAAAGCUUCCUCCUAGCCUAUAGCUACUCUUCCGUUCCACUUCUUGGUUUCUUGCUCUGACUGCCCUGUUUUGUUCUCACAGAGGCAGGAGAGGCAG